AUGUCAAGUCCACAAAAAUAUAACCGAUAUUUUGGAAAAUAUGAAAUUCGAAGUUGUUCUGGAGCUCAAUAUAUAUCCGGUAUAUUAGUUAGUUGUAUUAAAACAAAAGAAUCUUUAUGCAUUAGCGAAUUCUAUGAUUUUUUGUACGCGGAUAAGUUUUAUAAUUCUACGGAUGAUAAUCCUAAAGUUGAUGAAGGAGGAUCAAAUAAAGACGAUGUGGAAACUUCAAUUGCUAAAGAAAUUGCCCAAAUGAAACAACCUCAUAAAUCGCGUCGUUUUGCAUCAAUACAAACUGGAGCUAAUUGCGACAAUCCUCCUGUAAACCCUGUUCAACUCGUUCAUUCUAUUUUGACCGAUUUGUACAAUUCAGAACAAAGAAAGCUAGGUAAUGAAAUAUUGAAACCACGAUUUUAUUCAUUAAAAGACGAUCAACAAAAGAUUAUAGGGCAUAAUCAUAAUGUAGAUAGAAUGGAAUUAAUUACAAUGAUUGCAAAAUUAGUUGAUCAACGCAUAUGUAUUUGUGGAAUGAGUAUUCUCGAGGAUUAUAAUAAGUUGAAAAAGUACAAUAUAAAGAAAAUUUUCGAAGAAUUAAACGAAAAGAAAACAAGUUCCUAUAGAUAUUUAGAAAUUCAAUCGGCAUCACCACUUUCAUUAUUAUCUUAG